GCCUGUACGUCUAUGCCAAAAAGUGGGAGGGGCCAAAUAUGCAUAAUUGCAUUCCAAAUUAAUUAAGUAAAAAUGGUCGUGUCCCUGGGAGCUUUGGUUCCGAUAAAUAGUCACAAUGCUGCGUUUUCGAUCUUGAAAAUACAAUAAAUUCUGCUAACACUUUAAUGUUAUUUUCAUUUAUUUUAGAGCUGCAAAAUAUUGUGCAAAGUCGGCGAUAAGCGCGCAUGCCGUCCAAAUGCAAACAACUCCUUUUUGUGAAGUGUCGACGCCUAAUUCGCCUAUCCUCAGUCCAUGUUGGACUCCAGGAAUUGAUGAAACUAUGACAUGCGCAAGUGCUAAAAGCAAAGAUGUCCUAAACGUUUAUAAUACAGCCAUGGAUGACAUCGCAAGAAAUAUACUUUGUUCUCGAGAACCUUUAGAUUUACAGAUUAAUUCUUGGAACAGCAUUAGUGUAAAACAACAGCAACAUUGCAUUAAAAAAGCAACUGAAGAUUGUAUGCUUGUAUGUGAUGUAAUAGCCCCAAACAAUGGCCAACAGUUGUUUGAAGCUAUGGUGUCUUCUAACCCAGUAAAGAUGGAAGGUGAAACUAGAGUGGAUGACCUGGUGAAAACUCUUAUGAACGCAUAUAAAAAUGCUAGUAACAGAAACACCAAAACCCAAAUCCUCAGUCUGUAUGCAUACAAAUAUUCUAUCGGCACUUUAAAGAAAAUUCACUUGCCGUACGAAAAAUUGUCUUCACGUCAAAUACACAAAGCAAGAUGUCACGCAAAAACCCUAGGACCAGGCACUGUGCCUGAAAAAAAGAAGUAUCAUCGUGUGCGGGUUGACAUGAGCAAAGUGGACCAUUUCAUUGAGUUUAUAAAUCGUCCAUACUUCUACCAGGACGUAUCAUAUGGAAGUAGAAUCUUGAAACUCGACAAUGGGGAAACCAUGGAGAUGCCGAACGUUGUGCGCACCGUAACGCGGUCAACGAUGAUAAGCCAGUAUACACAGUUUUGCCGAGAGGAAAACGUCGAGCCGCUAGGUCGUUCCACGUUAUUUAAAAUUUUAGAAGUUAGGGAAGCAUCUCAAAGAAAAUCUUUACAAGGCCUAGACAAUACUGCUGCAGAUGGAUCCGCUGCUUUUCACACAAUUGAAAUGAUAGUUGAUAAUCUUGAAAAAGGAGGGCUGGCCAGGGAAUGGUGUGUUGACGUAAAAGGAAAACUGAGAGAUGCAAAGCGUUACUUAAAGACUGGUUAUCGUGUACACUGCAAGCCAGAGGAAUCCACAUGCCCUGACCAUUGUCGUAAGUUUGCAUUAAGCGACGAAAAUGACUCCGAUUAUCAGGAAAAAUGUUCACACCAACACUCUGAAAUGUGCAAAGACUGCUGCAAUCUCGUAGACGUCCUUCAUGACAUAGAGUGCAAAAUUCAAAGCUCAGUAUGGAACCCUUACAGCGACGAGCAGCGAGAAGAUCUACAGUACGAUUUUAAACAGGCUCGCUCGCACAUCUUGCAAUGGAAGGCUCACAUACUUAGAUCUAUAAACCAAGAAGCAGCAAAACAGGAUCACUUGAAGAUAAUUACCAACAAACCGAAUGUGGCACUUGUAGUAAUGGACUGGGCGAUGAAGUUCCAGCAACUUAGGUAUCGUGAAAAGCAGUCAGACUGGUUCGGUAAAAGAGGUUUAAGCUGGCACAUAUCUACGGUUAUCUCAAGCGAUACAAAGAAUGAAGGCUCAUUAGAACUACAGUCGUACGCUCAUCUCUUCGAUACUUGCCAGCAAGACUGGUUUGCAGUAUCUUCAAUUAUCGAAAACACACUGAAAGUCAUCAAGACCCAGAAGCCGCAUGUCACCCAGGUUUAUCUGCGAUCAGAUGAAGCCGGCUGUUAUCAUAAUAACGCUCUAAUUGCUGCAGCAAAAGAUAUCGGCCAGCGAGUAGGUAUAGCUGUUUGUCGCUACGAUUACUCAGAACCACAGUAUGGCAAAGAUGUGUGCGAUCGCAUUUUAUGGCCGAUGAAGACAUGUAUCCGACGAUACUGCAACGAAGGACAUGAUAUUCUAUGUGCAGAAAGUAUGAGAACAGCACUUUCAGAAAGACCAGUAAAGGGAACGUCCGCGUGUGUCUGCGAAGUAGACGAGGAAAAGGAAACCUUACAAGUUAAGAAAAUAGAUGGCUUCGGCAAGUUACAUAAUAUUCAAUUUGAGGAGAAAGGCAUUCGUGUUUGGAAAGCUUAUGGAAUAGGUCGUGGGAAAGAAAUCUCGUUUGAGCAGCUAGUUUCACAAAGCCAGGGAAGCACCGGUCUCAAGAUCGUUAAUGACUUUUUUGCUCCAGAAGAUACACGAGCAUACAAAUGCAAGAAACCUUUGCCAGAAAGUUCAGAUGACGACAGCGAUUCGGAGCUGGACAUAUUUGAGUGUUCGGAGCCAGGGUGCGUGAAGAGUUUCCAAACCUUUUCAGAUCUCGAAUCACAUUUGGACAUCGGAGACCAUUCUGUAAAGGAUGAACAAAAGCAAACACUGUAUGAUAAACUAAGGAGGGACUGGGUUGAAAGGUUUACUACAGCAGUCAACAUAUCUGAAGACGAAGCAUGCCCUCCCACUAACACUACAAAUGAGAAUGAAUCAUCAUUACCAAACAAUGGUAUUCAGAUUGGCUGGGCCCUAUUGAAACCACGAAGUGGAUCCUCGAGAUUUUCGAAAAAAGUCAGAAGCUACUUAACCGCAAGAUUUGACAUUGGCGAGCUGACGGGACACAAAGCAGACCCCCAAAAAGUUUCUGCUGAUAUGCGGAAUGCAAGAGAUGAACAAAACAAUCGUUUGUUUACGAGAGAAGAAUGGUUAACAAAAACGCAAAUACAAGGUUUCUUUAGUCGUCUCGCAGCUAACAGGAGAAAAAACAAGGAUGUUCUUGACCUUGAAUAUAAGGAAGUGUUGAGAGAAGAUGAAGAAUGUGAACGACAAGCACUGAUAGCAGAAAUUGCUGAACAAAUCAAACGACAGCAUCCAAUAUCAUAUGACGCCUUUAAUCUUUGCGAGUGCGCACGAGAAAACAAGUUGUGCAAAUUCAACCUGGCAAUGCUAAAACAAAUCUUCCAUUAUUUUGCCAUGCCCUUUUCAUCCAAAAUAAUACAGAAAGAAAGACUUCAUUGCAGAGCUUACAUACUUUAUAGAGGAGUGUGCGUGUUUUAGACAGUAGAACUUAUUUUCUGUAAAUUUAUAUUUUAAAGAAACGCUACCGAAGAAGAACAGUACCCGAAUCGUUUAUCGGCUGAUAAUUUCAGCAAAUAUAAAAGUAAUGUUAUUCUGAAAAAACUGUAUAUAUGCAUUUUAACAACGUCUAUUUUAAAAGCUGUAUAUUUUGAGUCUAAUUUGAUUCAUCUAAAUAAAAUAUAUCGCCAUAUCUUCUAAAGAUACUGCUGAAGAUGAAUCAAAAUAGAUUUGAGAAAGACAGUUUUCAAAAUAGAUGUGUUGUUAAAAGCAGUACUAUCUGCAUGCAUGUUCAGCGGUUAUUGUGCCUGGAGGCAUUCAGCCAACCAAAUGAUGGCAGUCUGCCAUAUAAAUAUUUACAGUUCUUAAAGCUGCAUGUGGUUGAUCAAACAAUUUUAAAAUAUAUGUAGUAAACUGUACAAGAACAGUUUUAAUUUAUCAGGUCAAAAAUAGUUUUGUAUUUGGUUUU